GAAAGUGAACCGAGAGGGCGGGGAAGCUGCUCCCGGCCUCCCGGCCAGGCUCGGAAGGGGUGUGUGGCCCCGCUAUCAAUUCGCCAAGGUCCCUCUGGCCCCGCUGAUUGGUCCGAUGUGGGGGACUGGGGCGGUCCGGGCUCCCGGCCAGCAUUUUCCGAGGUGAGCGCUAGAACUGCCGUCGGCAUGUUGACCACUUCUUAGCCGGCUCGGACGGGAUCUCAGGGGGCUUUAAAAAGAAGGGCCAGCCCAGCCGACUCUUCAGUGCGGGACGGAGGCGGGCUGGGGAGCGGAGGGGGACUGGCUCACGAGCCCCCAACUCGGGAACCGCCUGCUUGGAAAGAAGUGACCCAAAACCUGACCGGCAGCCCGCCCUUAUAAAGUUGGUGGCUGCCAGACUUCCUGCCCCAGCCCCCAAGCCCCUUCCCUGGCCCGGAGGUGCCGGGUGCUAGCCCAGGCAGGGGAGUCCUUAGCCAGCCUAGAAGCCAGUAUGGCCCCCCAACUGGAGCAGGCCUACCAGCGGCGAUGGUGGAUGGCCUGCACGGCCAUGGUGGAGAACCUGUUCUUCUCUGCUGUGCUGUUUGGCUGGGGCUCCCUGCUCAUCAUGCUUCAGAAAGAAGGCUUCUACUCCCAUUUUUGUGAAGGGAAGAACACUACCAACGUGAGUGAGGCCCAACAGUUGCAUGAGCUUCAGCGACCUACCUGUGAGAGCCAGGAGAAAAUGCUGAAUUUGGGCUUCACCAUCGGCUCUUUUGUCCUGAGUGCCACCACCCUGCCCCUGGGCAUCCUCAUGGAUCGAUUCGGCCCCAGACCCAUUCGACUGGUUGGCAGCUCCAGCUUCGCAGCAUCCUGUGCCCUGAUGGCUCUGGCCUCUCAGAAUCCCAUAGUGUUGUCUCCGCUCAUCUUUCUGGCCUUGUCUCUGAAUGGCUUCGGUGGCAUCUGUCUGACCUUCACAUCGCUCACGCUCCCCAACAUGUUUGGAAACCUUCGCUCCACCUUCAUGUCCCUCAUGAUCGGCUCCUACGCGUCGUCUGCCAUCACGUUCCCUGGAAUCAAGCUGAUUUAUGAUGCUGGGGUGCCCUUUAUAGUCAUCAUGUUCACCUGGUCUGCCCUCGCCUGUCUCAUUUUCAUCAACUGUGCCCUCAACUGGCCCACUGAAGCCUUCCCCGCCCCAGAGGAGGUCAAUUGCAUGAAAAAGGCCAAGGAGAAUGGGCUGCCCUUGGACAAGGUGGCGGGGGAUCCCUCUCUUGCUCCCAUCACCACCGCAACUGAGCCGCUGAACCAGAAUAGCCCAAACCCAGAGGAAAAAAGAGAUGUGGCUGCCAAUCCUGACAAAUCUGUCCCCUUUCGCAAGAGCCUCUUCUCCCCCAUAUUUCUCUGGAGUCUCCUUACCAUGGGUAUGACACAGCUGCGAGUGAUUUUCUACAUGGCCUCCAUGAACAAGAUGCUGGAGUUCUUAGUGACUAGAGGCCAAAAGCUGGAAACAGAAGAGCAGGAAAUGAAUAUGAAGGAGCAAGUUGGGUUUUACACCUCAAUCUUUGGCGUCAUGCAGCUGCUCUGCCUCCUCACCUGUCCUUUAAUUGGCUACAUGAUGGACUGGAAAAUCAAGGAAUGUGUGGAUGAACCCAGUGAUGCCAACGUCUCGGAAGAGGCCAGGGACGGCAUCACUACGAAGGGGACCAGAGUGCGUUACCGAAAGAUCCAGAAGCUCACCAAUGCUAUCUAUGCCUUUCUUUUGACCAACACGCUGCUCAUUGUCUUUGGACUCGCCUGCCUCGUUUACAACUUACAAGUGCAGCUUCUGACCUUCAUCCUGCACACAGUGAUCCGAGGCUUCUACCACUCUGCCUGUGGGGGGCUCUAUGCUGCUGUAUUUCCCUCGACUCACUUUGGGACCCUGACAGGGCUCCAGUCCACCAUGAGCGCCAUCUUUGCCCUUUUGCAGGAGCCUCUCUUCUCCUUGGUGCUGGGCCAGCUCCAUGGGAAUCCUUUCUGGGUGAACGUGGGUCUGCUCUUCUUCUCCCUCCUGGGCUACCUGCUGCCCUCCUACCUCUUCUUCUAUCGUGCAAAGCUGCAUAAAAAGUUCUCCUUGCUGAAGACUCUGGAGGCCCACAGCUUGAAGGAAACAGCUGCCUAGGGGUGGGGUGGGGAAGGAGUGCCCCCCUCGGGAGUCCAGGGGCAGGAGGAGCUGCCCCAGCACAGGAUUUCCACCUGAAGCACAGGCCGUGGCCACAGUGCACGGGUGUACAAACACAUGAGCUCUAUUUUUGUAGGAACUUGCCAAAAAGCCAAAACCAAAAAAAAUAAACCAACCCCACCAAGCCCCAAAGACCCGAGCCGUCCCACCACAGCCACCAGGAGCCAGAGGCAGACCCAGAAACGCUCCGCUGACGAUGGCUGCUCCAGAAGGCUUCCUGGGCAGACCCAGACAGGACCCACCGUCUUCUUUUCCUCUCAGAAUCCCAGGGCUACCCCAUGCGGGUAGAGGUGCCACCCUGAUGACAGACAUUUCUGGAGUCAGGCGUGGGCUCAAGAGGGACCCACAAGGUGCUCUUCUCCCUCCUGCCCAGGGACUGUGGUUUGGGGCCAGGAGGAGCCUCUGGGUCAGAGCCUGGAACGGGGAGUCUGACUCUGGGGGUGGGAGGGCAGGUUCCCUCCUUUUUGCUACUGGGGUGGCGGCGGCUGCUGCUGUAGUCGCCACCAUAGAAAUAAAAAGGGAAGCAGGA